AACGGCCGGGAACAAUACACUUACCAUUUGGGAGACUAUCUCCCGGCACUUCCCGUCUGUUUCCCGGCGCUUCCCGUCUGUUUCCCGGCGCCUCCCGGCACUUCCCGGCGCCUCCCGGUACUUACCGGAAACUUCCCGUUAGACUGCGCGUUUUCAAUACUGAGUCUCACAACUGAGACUCACAGCUCAGAUGUGCUUGAGGACCGGGCAGUGGUUAUAUACCCAGUCCUCCUGCUCUGGAAUGUCAAACAGUGCGCGAAUAGGGAGAGGAAAAUUGACGGGGGGUUGACAUCAGAAAUAACAUGGGUUUCAAUGGUUAACAUGGGCUUCUAUGGGCAGGAUAUCAUGGGUUAUACUCUAAUAUAUAAAUUAUACGAUAUUAUUGUGGACAUGGGUUCGGGCGACGGAGGGGUGACCAGAGAGUUGGCCGCACGUGUGCCGCACCGGCGUCUCAUCGCUAUCGACGUGAACCCGGCGAUGACAGAGUACGCGCGCGACCACAACACUCUGCCCACCAUUGAGUACAUCACUCAAGACAUGUCUGUGGAGUGGGCGGCGUUGGGCCCAGAGGUGCGGCGCCUGGAGGGCUCAGUGGGGCUCAUAUUGUCUAACUUUUUUCUGGAAUACGAGCGGACGCGCAGAAGCCAACAGUUGGCGCUUUAUCGGCGGCUACUGUUGGCCAGGGAUGGCUCACUACACGUCAAUAUACCGCUUUCCAUCGACAUUAACGCCAAACUGGCGCCCAAUGACCCCCUCAGACGCCAAUGGAGUCAAACCGUUGGCCAACAGUUGGAUGACUUGCGCCGGGCUUUCGCUGACAACGGUUUUGUCAUCGAUUUAUUUGAAUUAACACAGAUUCACAAACCAAAUUUUUGGCCAAAUUUUAUUUCCAUGUGGCGACUCUACUACGACACCGAUCAACAGUUUGAAAGCGACAAAAAUGAUUUAAUGGGAAUAGUGUUCGACGUGUCCACCAAUCCGGAAGCCGCGCGGCCCGACCCGAAGGCGUGGUCACACUUUUUGGCCAAUGAGAACAUCGCCGAAGUGGUCCGGACUGAACACAUCGUUCACAUUAACAAUACGCUUAUUAUG